UCCAUUUAAAAAGUCAUAUCAAAGUAAAGAAAUAAUAUCCACUUUAUAGGCUUAAUGAUAUGUCAAAAUUGCCCAAUUUAUUCCAUGUGAUUAUGGUAUCUGGGAGACAAGCUUGUGGCACAGUUAUGAGCUGUGGCUGAUGUAGUUCUGCCAUACUCAGUAUCAGGAUCUAAGAGAAGCCCUUCCUACAGAUUUCCAUGUAUCUAUUUAAUGAUAAGUUCCCUUGCUUUUCCUUCCUGUGACAUUUUCACUCCUCAGAAGUAUGGUCGCGCUAGCAUGUUCCUUUGUAACUCCUGAGUCCUCAAAGCGGAUUUCACCCGGCCUGCUUUCACAGCUUUAGCCUUGGAUCAGCUUUCCCCUCUUCUUCCUCCUGUCUCACUGGUCAUCCACCAGAGUUCCACUUCUGAUCACCCCAGGCCAUUCAGCAGCUGAACGAAUUCACCCCCCUCCCCCCAACAGGAAGGUCUUACAUUGGGGGAUACUUACCCCUUCCAGACCCUUCCUGGAGGAAGCAAGUUUCCUUCCAUGUGGCAGGAGCCAGUUUUAUACUUGUUUGGCCUUGUGACUGAUAGGAUGAGGAGUUUGGGGGAACUGGAGAGGAGAUCUUGGUUUUAACCAAGAAAAAACAUUGAGUAGAAAUUAUCCCUUCUGCCUUCUUCGGGCGUGUCCCUCUUCUGGGCAUCUCUUCAGGAUUUCAUUCCUGCGUCCAACUGCCGUUCACAACUGCCCUUUCCAACUGCUCCAGAACUCUUGGCCCCGGCAUUCCGUGAUGUAAAUUAUUCCACGCAUGGCUCGAAAUGGGUGCGAAGCAGUGUUGCCAGGUGUCGGAUCACUAGUUUGUCAUGGAUGAUGAUGAUGACUCGUGUCUCCUUGAUCUUAUCGGAGACCCACAAGCAUUGAACUAUUUUCUACAUGGACCUAGUAAUAAAUCUAGCAAUGAUGACUUGACUAAUGCAGGAUAUUCUGCAGCCAAUUCAAAUUCAAUUUUCGCCAACUCCAGUAAUGCUGAUCCUAAGUCAUCCCUCAAAGCUGUAAGCAACCAGCUUGGAGAAGGGCCCAGUGAUGGACUGCCACUCUCAAGUAGCCUUCAGUUUCUGGAAGAUGAACUUGAGUCUUCUCCUCUUCCCGAUCUCAGUGAGGACCAACCUUUCGACAUUCUUCAGAAAUCCUUGCAGGAGGCCAAUAUCACUGAACAGACAUUGGCCGAAGAGGCAUAUUUGGAUGCCAGUAUAGGUUCAAGCCAACAGUUUGCACAAGCUCAGCUUCAUCCUUCUUCAUCAGCAUCCUUUACUCAGGCUUCUAAUGUUUCAAAUUACUCAGGUCAGACGCUGCAGCCUAUAGGGGUGACUCACGUGCCUGUCGGAGCAUCGUUUGCAAACAAUACGGUGGGUGUACAACAUGGCUUUAUGCAACACGUGGGCAUCAGUGUUCCCAGCCAGCAUCUGUCUAACAGCAGCCAGAUUAGCGGCUCUGGUCAAAUACAGCUAAUUGGGUCAUUUGGUAAUCAGCCUUCCAUGAUGACUAUUAAUAACCUAGAUGGAUCUCAAAUCAUAUUGAAAGGCAGCGGGCAGCAAGCCCCGUCAAACGUGAGUGGAGGGCUCCUGGUCCACAGACAGACUCCUAACGGCAACUCGUUGUUUGGGAACUCCAGUUCCAGUCCAGUAGCACAGCCUGUCACCGUUCCAUUUAACAGCACAAACUUUCAGACAUCUUUACCUGUGCAUAACAUCAUCAUACAGAGGGGUCUUGCACCAAAUUCAAAUAAAGUUCCAAUUAAUAUCCAGCCAAAGCCUAUUCAGAUGGGUCAGCAGAAUACAUACAAUGUGAACAAUUUGGGAAUACAGCAGCACCACGUUCAACAAGGGAUCUCUUUUGCCUCUGCCAGCUCACCCCAGGGCUCCGUCGUCGGUCCGCACAUGUCCGUGAACAUUGUAAACCAACAAAACACAAGAAAACCAGUCACCUCACAGGCAGUGAGCAGCGCUGGGGGUAGUAUCGUUAUUCAUUCUCCCAUGGGCCAGCCUCACACGCCCCAAAGUCAGUUCCUCAUACCCACAAGCCUUUCCGUCAGUUCCAACUCGGUACACCACGUCCAGACCAUAAAUGGGCAACUACUUCAGACUCAACCUUCUCAGCUCAUCUCCGGCCAAGUGGCCUCAGAGCAUGUCAUGUUGAACAGAAACUCUUCCAACAUGCUCAGGACCAACCAACCGUAUUCUGGGCAGAUGCUGAAUAACCAGAAUGCCGCCGUCCAGUUGGUGUCUGGGCAGACGUUUGCCACCUCUGGAAGCCCCGUGAUAGUCAAUCAUGCCUCUCCUCAGAUCGUCGGUGGACAGAUGCCCUUGCAGCAGGCAUCGCCAACCGUAUUACACCUGUCACCUGGGCAGAGCAGUGUCUCCCAAGGAAGACCUGGCUUCACCCCCAUGCCCUCAGUGACCAGCAUGUCAGGACCCAGUCGGUUCCCUGUUGUCAGCUCCUCCAGCACUGCCCAUCCUAGUCUUGGGUCUGCGGUUCAGUCGGGUGCAUCAGGAUCAAACUUUACGGGAGACCAGCUGACCCAGCCAAACAGGACUCCAGUACCGGUCAGCGUGUCUCAUCGUCUUCCAGUUUCUUCUUCCAAAUCUGCCAGCACCUUCAGUAACACACCUGGAGCGGGAAGCCAGCAGCUCUUCUGUCAGGCUCAGAAAAAAGGUUUGAAUCAGACUUCCCCCAUUGCUGCUUCCAAGACCACGGAUGGCCUGAGGCAGGCACAGAUCCCUGGCCUCCUGAACACCACGCUGCCAGGGCAGGAUUCUGGAAGCAAAGUCAUGCCGGGGUCCUUAGGAACCACGCAGCCACAGCAGGAAAAAGUAGUUGGAUCAUCUCCCAGCCAGCCAGCCGUGCAGGUGGAUGGUCACUCAGGAGGACAAAAGCGGCCUGCUGCAAAACAGCUAACUAAAGGAGCUUUCAUUCUCCAGCAGUUACAGAGGGACCAAGCCCACGCUGUGACACCCGAUAAAAGUCAGUUCCGAUCGCUAAGAGAUGCGGUACAGAGGCUCCUGUCCUACCACGUGUGCCAGGGCUCCAUGCCCACGGAGGAAGACUUGAAGAAAGUCGACAAUGAAUUUGAAACAGUUGCCACUCAGCUCCUAAAAAGGACCCAAGCUAUGCUUAACAAAUACAGAUGCCUGCUUCUAGAAGAUGCCAUGCGGAUCAAUCCCUCUGCUGAGAUGGUGAUGAUCGACAGAAUGUUCAACCAGGAGGAGAGAGCUUCUCUGUCCCGAGACAAGCGUCUGGCACUUGUAGAUCCUGAGGGUUUUCAGGCUGAUUUCUGUUGUUCCUUCAAACUUGAUAAAGCUGCUCCCGAGACCCAGUUUGGCCGGAGUGACCAGCACGGCAGCAAAGCCGCCAGCUCUCUACACCUGACGGCCAAGGCCCAGGGCCGAGACCGAGCCAAACCAGGCCUGGCAGAACCAACGAAUCAUGACCAAUUUCAUCUAGUGCCUAAUCACAUUGUGGUCUCCGCAGAAGGAAACAUUUCUAAAAAAACUGAAUGCCUCGGCAGAGCACUGAAAUUUGAUAAGGCGGGCUUAGCUCAGUACCGGAGUGCGUCGGAGGAGAAAGGCAGCCGGAGAGAAUCCCUGAAGGCCAGCGAGUGCUCUCCCGGCCCCGAAGGGCCCCGGAAAACCUCAUCCCGAGCGGAUCAUGGAACUGAGAGCAAACUCUCCAGUAUCCUAGCAGAUUCUCACUUGGAGAUGACGUGUAACAAUUCCUUCCAGGACAAAACUCUGAGGAAUUCUCCAAAGAAUGAAGUUUUACACACAGACAUCAUGAAAGGGUCGGGUGAGCCCCAGCCAGAUCUGCAGCUCACUAAGAGUUUAGAAACAACAUUUAAGAACAUCUUGGAACUCAAAAAGGCUGGGCGGCAGCCCCAGAGUGACCCCGCGGUUAGCGGCUCGGUUGAGUUAGAUUUCCCCAACUUUUCUCCAAUGGCUUCGCAGGAAAACUGCCUGGAAAAGUUCAUCCCGGACCACAGUGAAGGCAUUGUAGAAACUGACUCCAUUUUAGAAGCAGCUGUAAAUAGUAUCCUGGAGUGUUAAUAGCCACAGCCCUUCCCUACCCGCCCCGAGACCCCGCCCCGGACAAGUCACGUUCUUUCCUGGCAAAAGCAAAUGGAAGCGGUCUCCUGUCUCCAGCCUGCUUGAUCUUUCAUCACAGGUUGUUCUUUCUGAUCUUGAUCCCAUUCUUUGUUUCAGAGCAAUACUCGUCGUGGUUACAGGGAGAUCCCUUCGCGAAACGAAUCCUUGUUAGAGAGCAGUCUGAUAGGCCCGACACAUUUCAAGUGUUACGAAAGUGCUUAUAGUCAUUUCUGUGUUUGUUUACGUGUUUUAAUUUAAAACGAAACAAAACACCGUUAACUCGCUGAGAUCACAGUACACUUGGCCCUGGGUAAAAUUCUGACAAUCAUAAGUCAUUUGAAACGAACAGACUUAUUAAAGAAAAUCAAACAGGACUGAUAGAAGCUACUUUUUAAAGAAUAUCCCACCGCAUCUCCAAAUGUUGCCGUUUGGGGUCUGUUGUCGUCGUCGUCGGGAGGGUGGACCACCGGCUCGUGCCCCCUCAGCCAUCCCUGAGCGGUGAGUUGCCGGCUGCUCUGCCGGGGACGCCGCAGCACCCCCCCACCCCCCUCAAGAAGCAGCCAGUAGCGCACCAGCAGGGCACAUGCAGGGCUUCCUUGCUCAUCAUUCAAGUGCUUUUCUGAAGCUCCCAGAGCAAAGCCUCAUGCUUUUCAGCCGAUGCGUGUUAAGUUUCAUCUAGGGAAUGCUCUGUUCUUAGUUGCAACAGCAUGACUUGAGAUCAUUUGACCAGGCUAAAUAAAGGAAAACGGAAACCAGUUAAGUGGCACAGUGUACAGGGGAGGCCGGGAUAGAGCCUUGAGGAAUAUAAUAUGUAUAUAUGUAAAAGCAUAUAUAUGUGAACUAUUGAGAAAAAAAAAAAGCGUUUUGCAUUUUCUAAUUGGAUAUAGUCAACAUAUGCUGUAUGUUUUUGUUUGUUGCUGGGUUUCCUUUCAUUUAACCUCUCCACCCCCCUCUUCCACCAAUAGCCAAGCGUCCAAAGCACUUUCGUUCGAAAACUGUGUUGUAAUUUUUCAGUUUAAACUUUAGGGGGACUUUGGCCUUGUUUAUGCUUCUUGUCUGAGAACAGUAGUCACCCCCCGCCCCCCGGCAGCAAUCAUUACCAAAACACAGACAAACCAAAGUAACCAGCCAGCCCCCCCCACUGAAAGAAAAGAUCUGAGACACGGGAUUCCCACUUGAGAGCCAAAGGACAUGCCCUGUCAUGGUCUGUGUGCGGCCCGUGUUCAUAUUAGUGAACAUGACUUACUGCUUUAUUUAUAUUUCUUUUCAGGGAGCUUUUCCCGUUUUCCUUCCUUGUGUUCUUGUCCCCAGUCAUCCCAUCUCUGCUGUUCCCUUCAUCCUCAGCGUCACUGUAACCAGCCGGUCUCUCCCAUCGUUGGGAAGGCGACAUAACGGUAUUUCAUACGCGCCCUCCCCCACGCGUGCGUGCGAGUACCGGAGCUGUUCAGAUCCAGAGCUCACUCUGGUGACAGUGUGGACACACCCACUCUUCCUCCCAUGUGCAUGCACUCUCUCAUUUAUUCUGUUGAUCUCUCUGGCUUUAGAGGUGCACCCGUUGGUCUCCACUCUCACACGGUGCCAGCAUCUGUUUCUGGUGUUGCCAGAACGGGGAUGACCCCCAUUGUCAUCAUGUUGGGUGCUUCUUCUCCAGAUUGGCCUGCGAUGGAAAGGAAGGCUUCUGAUUAUUGGAAAACAUGGCAGCAGAAGACCCAGACUCUCCCUGUCCCUCUCUGUCCCCCGCACUGCCCUCAAAGGAGCCCCCUCAGACAGCCAGUCUUCAUAAAAGCAAAGUACCUUGUCCUUGUCCCCCCACCCCCACCCCAGCCAAUAGAACUUGGAAAAUCUGGGCCAUUUUAGGGUUCCCAUUUUUUCCUUAUUUGUGCCAAUGUCCAAGUUGCAGAUUUCCCCUUUUUCCUGUAUUGUAACAUAUUAGAAGGAUAAGUUGGUAUUGCCAGUUGGAACUUUCUGUUUGGGCAGCCCUGGGAUAACACUCUGCCCUGAACCCCAUGAUUUCGUAGGCUCUUCUUCUCUUAGGACUCAUGUUCCCCUCAUUCCUAGCAAGACUUAAAGAUGGUCCUUCCUAAUCAAAUUCUUCUCAUUGUGGAACUCUCUACCUGGAAGCCUUCACGUAGGCAACUAAUGGGUUACAUUAAUUACUGCCAAUCAGUGGAAUUCUUAAGAGAAAAGAUAAACUUCAUAUACAUUUGUCACCUCCUCUUCUUCCCUAUCCUCCCCUACUACCCCAACCCCUGCCUUUCUAAAUACCAUCUCAGAGGGUCUUUCAAACCCUAACACUUGUCUAGCAAACGGAGAGCCUAAUUCACCAAAAUGAAACUUGUAAAUUUUUGUGUCCUUGUAUGUAAGUUUACUUUCUAUGGAGGAAAGAUUCUAGAUAAUGACAAAUGAAGAUUACGAAAAUGUAUUUUACUCCUGUGAUUAGGUUAUGCGCACAUGGGUCAUAACUCGCAUGUCGAGCCCCCUCUGGCGAAGGGUAAGGGAGCUCCGCCUCGGACGGCCAACUUUCAGUUGUUCAGGUUCAUUAGUCAAGGUUAAGUUUUAGAACUACUUGUACUCAGUAACAAAAAUCAUUUUCUUUUGUUCUUUUUUCUGUUGUUGUUGUGGAAAAGUGUGCAUUUGUUAUUAAGCAUUUGAUUUUCUGUGUCCUUAAGUACUGCCUAAAGAUAAAGCAAAUUUUAAACUGGCAAUUACGAAAAAGAACUAUUUUAGCUCUGAAGAAUUUAGUAGAUUUUGUUAGAUUAGGGAGGCCUUACAGACUGACUUGACUUAUAGAGGACGCGUCACUCACUGUCAGUGUGGUGUGGGCUUUAUUUGCUUAAAUACCUUCAUUUGUAUAGUAUGUCUCACUUGAAAUUGCUUUGUAUACAUUUUGUAAAAAUAUUUAUAAAAUGUUUUGUAAAAAAAAGUAUAACAAAUUGCAGUUUAUUUUGUUAUGUUGGAUAAAUACUGUUAAAAGAAACCAGUCAGUAACUAUAUUGUUAAUCCAUGGUUAGGAAAUGUUUAGUUGGAGAUUACGAAAUGAAACAACCAUUGCAAUACAGCCAAAGAUUUGGGAAAA